AUGGGCGAACACCGGCAGUUUCUGGUGAAGUGGAAGGGAUAUCCCGAUCUGAGUUGGGUGGACGAGGCCGAUCUACGUUGUGGGGCGAUCUUGCAAGAGUUUGAGCGGAACCGAGUGAGUCGAAACCGUUUCGACGUAAUGCAGUCUCAUGAAGGCAAGUCGGACGAACCUUAA